AUGCAACAAGCCGGCAGCAGUUACUACACGCAAACGGAAAGUGAGCUGCUGCAACUGGAGGCGGGGGGUGGGGCGCCCUUUCCGCCACAACGUGGCGAGCAGACGUUGCUGCUGGCUUCCACAUCGCAGCAGCAACAGCAGACGUCGACGUCGGCAAGCGGUGGCAGCCAGGCGACAGUUUCGACAGCAACAUGCAACAAUUUGGAUGCACCAUCGACGGCCAGCAGCAGCGGGACACCAGCGCACUUUGUGUCGCCGCUGCAGAGACGCCACUGUCAGCCGCCCAAUCACUUGCCACUGAACUCCGUGGUGGCAUCACCGCUGCGCACCGCCAGCUACAAGACGGCUGCCUCCACCGCCAGCGUCUAUCAUCACAGCCACCAUCAGCAGCUGGACUUUCAGCGCAACUCGCAGUCGGACGAUGACAGCGGCUGUGCACUCGAGGAGUACACCUGGGUGCCGCCGGGUCUGCGACCAGAUCAGGUUCGCUUGUACUUCAGCCAGUUGCCGGACGACAAAGUGCCCUACGUCAACAGUCCGGGGGAGAAGUAUCGCGUUAAACAAUUGCUGCACCAGCUGCCGCCGCAAGAUAACGAAGUGCGCUAUUGCCACUCGCUGAGCGACGAGGAGCGCAAGGAGCUGCGCAUCUUCUCGGCCCAAAGGAAACGCGAGGCGCUCGGAAGGGGCGCGGUGCGGUUGCUGUCCGAUGAAAGGCCCUGCAAGGGGUGCGAGGAGCAGCUAUCCGGUGGUGACAUUGUGGUCUUUGCCCAGCGCUUGGGCGCCCAGUUGUGUUGGCAUCCUGGCUGCUUUGUGUGCAGCGUGUGCAAGGAGCUGCUCGUCGACUUGAUAUACUUUCAGCGCGAUGGCAAUCUCUACUGUGGCCGCCAUCAUGCCGAGACCCAGAAGCCGCGCUGUUCCGCAUGCGAUGAGAUCAUCUUUUCAGACGAGUGCACAGAGGCCGAAGGUCGCACCUGGCACAUGAAGCACUUUGCCUGCCAGGAGUGCGAGCAUCAGCUGGGCGGACAGCGGUACAUAAUGCGGGAGGGGAAGCCGUAUUGCCUGGGCUGCUUUGAUACCAUGUUCGCCGAGUACUGUGACUAUUGCGGCGAGGUCAUUGGCGUCGAUCAGGGUCAGAUGAGUCACGACGGUCAGCACUGGCAUGCGACGGAUCAGUGCUUCUCCUGCUGCACCUGCCGCUGCUCGCUGCUGGGUCGCCCCUUCUUGCCACGCCGUGGCACCAUCUACUGCUCCAUUGCCUGCAGCAAGGGUGAGCCGCCAACGCCGUCGGACACCAGCUCGGGGCCUCAGCUGAGGCCGACACAUCGCGCCUCCACCUCCAGUCAAAUAGCGAGAUCGCCCAGACGCGCUGGCGAGUCGACGGGGCGUGGCACGGCGGGCAAGAGCAGUGGCAGCCAUGGACAUGCAUAUGUGGGGCAGCCGGGGAAGAGUGCGGGCAGUGCGGGCGACUUGCUGGAGCGGCAGGAGCGCAAGCGCAUGGAGGCGGCAGGCGUGGCUGAUCUGCUGUUGGGUGGCGGUGUACCAGGCAUGCCACGACCCGCCCAUCCGCCGCCCAUAGAUCUAACCGAGCUGGGCAUUAGUCUGGACAACAUUUGCGCAGGCGACAAGUCCAUCUUUGGCGAUGCACAACUCACCUCAUCCAUGCCAGACAUGCUGCUGUCCAAGGCUGAGGACUCGCACAGUUAUCAGAGCAUAGACAAGAUCAAUCUCAACUCGCCGAGCAACUCGGACAUGACACAGAGUACCCAGGAGCUGGCCAAUGAGCUGGAGCUGGACAACGAGUCUGUGCGGGAGCAGGAGCUGCCCCACGAUGGCUACGAGCAACUCUUUGCCGCCAAACAGCGCAGCAAUCGCAACUGCAGCGACGAGCUGGACGAGGAGCAGGAGCAGGAGCAGCUGGACAACCGACCGCCGUUAAAGGAGGUGCGCUUCCACAGCGUGCAGGACACCAUGUCCCGCUCCAAGAGCUACACGGACAACUCGAAUGCCCGACGUCGUCGUCGGCGUCGCAAUCAGUCGCGUAGUUCCUCCGAGAUGCAGAUCAAUCAGACGAAUCUUCGCCUGCACAACGCGCAGACGCAGGCGGGCAGCGGGGCACUGAAUCUGCUGAAUAAUCUGGACAAUUGUGAUGUGGCCAGCAUCUGCUCCACAUGCUCCUCGAGCUCCUCCAGCGACAUGGACGACUACGUCUACAGGCUGCCCGCCCGCAAGCACUACGGAGGCGUUCGAGUCGCCUAUGUGCCCAAUGAUGCACUCGCCUACGAGCGCAAGAAGAAGCACGCCCAGGCCCAGGCCAGUGAUUCGACCAUGCUGGGCGGAGCACCUGGCAGCGGAUUGGGAGCAGCGUCGGGCAUGCCGGCGAUCAUGCACGAGAGCAAGAACUGCACUAUAUCAUGACCACCUCCCAUGCUGCCGCCACCGCCGCUGAAUCUCAGCAGCUACUACAUACUGGACACCAUUCUGGAGGAGCAGAGUCUCAGCCUGUUGCCCGAGAAGAAGCCCGGCUGUCUGAGGCGUGUCUGGAAUUUCUUUGGACUCGGCAAAUCUCGCUCCGGCAAUGGACAACAUCUCUACAACGUCUAGAAUCUAGAUUGGAGUGAAUUUUUUUUUUUUUUUUUUUUUUAUUGUGAUGAAUGAAUCAGCAUUAUCAUUCGUGUAAUGUAAAUAAACAUAUCGAAUACUGUAUUAUAGAGCAUGAUAUUAACGCUAAUCUUAAAAUCGGUUAGCUGUACUGUACAUUAUAUUCCUUCCCAUAUUUUCAACUUCACAUUUAUUUAAUGUCGUAAGUCACAAGUAUUUCAACAUAUGAGAUAAAGAGCAGAGAUAUUCAGCUCUUAUCAGAACUCUGUACAAAGCUAAAACAUAUAUCAAUAUUGCAUUUACACAUAUAUAAUAUUAUCUAUAUAUUAUUAUUAUAUAGUAACUGAUUAAGUAUUGUAGUUGUAAAGCUAAGAAUCUGCCACUUUUAAUCGAGCGAAACGAACACAAAACAAGAAACGCAAUCAACGAACAA